AAUAAUAAUAAACAAACGAACAAACAAUUUUUAUAAAAAAUCUUAAAACAGAACUGAAAAUCUAAGGAUGUGCCAAACCAUGCUUCUUCUUGGGGAAAUGAACCAUACCAUGCAAAGAAAAUAAGUUAUGGCAAUUUGACCAACGCUCUUAGAAUCAAAAUUUCCUCAAUAAAUUCUCUCCCAACUGCCCACUGCAUCCUCAUUCACUCUUCCUUCUUCUUUCUCUCUUGCCUAGACCAAAAGCUUUCACCUUUCUCCAACACAAAAACAAAAUGCAGCUUCGAGUCAUUGGCUUCUUGCUUCCCUUCAUCCUUCUAGCUCUCAUUUUUCCGGUGGCUAUCACUGAUCCUCUUGUCCCUGCACUCUGCAUCUUCGGUGACUCGGUGGUCGACGUCGGAAAUAACAACAAUCUUCUAACAGUUGUCAAGGCUAACUUCCCUCCUUAUGGAAGAGACUUUGUUACUCACACACCAACAGGAAGGUUUUGCAAUGGCAAGCUUGCCACUGAUUUUACUGCUGAAAACCUUGGAUUUUCUUCAUAUCCUCCUGCGUAUUUGAGCCAGGAUGCUACUGGAAACAAGCUUUUAACAGGAGCUAACUUUGCUUCUGCUGCUUCUGGCUUUUAUGAUGGCACCGCUCAGCUCUAUCAUGCAGUUUCACUAACUCAGCAGUUGAAUUAUUACAAGGAAUAUCAAAGCAAAGUUGUAAACAUGGUGGGAACAGAGAAAGCCAACGCUAUAUUCUCUGGUGCAAUUCAUCUUCUUAGUGCAGGCAGCAGUGAUUUCAUUCAGAAUUACUAUGUUAAUCCUCUUCUUUACAGAACGUACUCGCCACAGCAGUUCUCUGACAUUCUCAUUACAUCUUUCUCUAACUUCAUUCAGAACUUAUAUGGAAUGGGAGCAAGGAGGAUAGGGGUGACAGGAUUACCUCCAUUGGGUUGCUUGCCAGCAGCUAUAACCCUCUUUGGUUCUGGCAGCAAUCAGUGCAUCCAAAGGUUAAAUCAAGAUGCCAUUGCAUUCAACACUAAGCUGCAAAGCGCAACGAGUAGUUUGCAGAACAGAUUCUCUGAUCUCAAGCUUGUUGCCUUUGAUAUUUAUCAACCUCUCUUGAAUAUGGUCUCAAAGCCUGCAGAAAAUGGGUUUUUCGAGUCGAGAAGGGCUUGUUGUGGAACAGGAACAGUAGAGACCUCCUUCCUUUGCAACAGUAGAUCAGUUGGAACCUGCUCAAAUGCCACCGGCUACGUUUUCUGGGACGGUUUCCAUCCAACUGAAGCUGCAAAUCAAGUACUGGCUGGGGAUUUACUUACUCAAGGAUUCAGCCUCAUCUGAUUUAGUGUUGCUACUAUCAGAUACUGGCAAUUCUUCUAUAACACAUUUUAUCAAACAACCUUGCGUUUGUUCCAUGACCCUUAUCAUACAGUUCCUUUGUAUGUUGAAAUGCUUUGAUAGUUAAACUCUAAUCUUACAUCGGAUCUUAUAGCACAAAAGAUCAACUUUAGCUUGUCAGGUAUGAGGCAAGUUUAAGUUUUUCGAACAAUGGAUGAUGGUUUUGGACACGUAAAAAACUUUAUCAUUUAUCAAACUCACUCUUCUAAAACAUGAGCGAUUACUUUCUCAACGUCUGUUUUCUUCGUAACCUCUCAAACCGACUUAACAAAAGCUAUUGCAACAUCAAAUGUAAGUUAAAGGUCACAUUUUAUGUCUACUUUAUUUUUUUAUUGAUGUUUAUGCUGCAAACUAAUGGUGAUAUCAUUUAUAAUUUUGUCACACAUUUUAAUAAAAACAGAACCUGUGUUGUUGGGGAUUAUUUGUU